AAUAGGUUGGAGGCAGCGAAGUUCAAUUGAAUGAUGACUUGCCUUUCCGUACUGAAUAUUUUGUUGAAUCAUCGAACUGUAUUCAAACAUCUCAUUCGACAAAUUACGGCUUCGGCUGACGAAGUUUUAGUGAUUCUCAAAGAGGAGAAAGAUAGUGUCAUUUUUUAAGGUCCCGCUAUAUAAUGUGUAUGGAUUUGAGCAUUGAGAGAGGGGCGGGUUGGAGCUCGGCUGAAGUUGAAGAUUUUGUAAUGUAUUUCUCUUACUCCUCGAGGCUUUGGUUCUCUCAGUUUCUAUUGGGAGUAACUACAGUAAGUCUGGACGGUGGUACAAAUUAUUUGAUAUACAAAAUAGGUGUUGUGGCCUUAAACUCCUAAUUAGCGAACAGGUCAGGAGUCUCCGCCACCUGCUUUUUCACCCAACCCUCGCUGCUCGUGAUGUUAGUCAGCCGCCUAUACCGUGAUAUUUUGUAGGGAGUAGCAAAGCAAAACUCAGGCUCUUGAUGGUCGCGUCUGAUGUAAAGAAUAAAGUUCCUGAAGUUCCCCCGUCGUCAGUGUUUUGGGAUUUCCUGGCCAUCUUAGUGGAGCCAUGUUACAUGAUAUUCCAAGGACUGGUGUGGCCUCUAUCUUGUCCCAUGUUUCCGGUGAGUCCUAGGAGUGCCGCUCCAGUGUAAUUUGUCAUCCCGUCCUGCUCGCACCGUUUUCCUACCCACCCACUGAAGCCACACUCCCUCCUAGUGCUGUUUUUUCGUGUUCACGGGGUUCGCCACUAAAAGGCAAUGGGAAAGAUGGACCAGAACAGCGAGACUGAUGAUAAUCGCAUUAAAUACUAUUUAGCUGUUAAAAAGUACGGCCGAGAGUGUCUUGAGGAAGCGUUUUAUCUGCUCUACAACACGUGGUGUCGCGGCAGAAAUUACGAGACGCUGCAGGAGUUCUGUGUAGAGUGUCUAGGCGUAAACAGGGAUUACCUGGCUGAGGUCUUGUGCCAGCCUGAAAUUGUAUCCCCGCAAGGCUCGGCGAGGAGCAGCACAGCCCUACCCAGCAGAGUGCAUGUGAAAGAGUCGCGAACCGCGGACGAGGAGAGACGAAGUUCAGGCGAUACUUUCUACUCCUUCCACUCUCCGCUACUCCCCCACGUAAUCAGCUCCGCCAGAAAAAGUUUUCGAAGGAGCCAGAAUGAGGUGACAAGUGUUCCGCAAGAUGAAACAGCCUCUUCUGACCCAUUGUGGAGGCAGUCCCUCAGUGAAGCUCAAGACCCCAGAGGACUCACAAGUUUUCACCUAAAUGAUGGACAAACUCAACAGAACGCUCACCUCACCCAUACCAAGACGUCCUGUGUGUGUCAGAAUGCACCACAGAAGGAGAACACAAGUGCAAGGAAGCCGAGCAGGGUUAGUUCUAGCCAGCUUUGGGCUCGUGUAAGGCUACUGCUGCCCAAACCUUUCGUAAAGAAAAAUAACGACUCUGAUACGCCGCUGAGGCGAGGGAGCGUCAAUGUUAUAUCACCACUGUCGCCAUCACCGCCAGCUCCACUACAAUCAUUACCGACACAACUGCCUUCACAGAAAGUAAAGACUGAAUCACAAGCUCCUGAUGAAGAUGUAAAGUCUUCCGAAGGAGAGGAGUCCUACAGUUUAAAACAAGUAAUUCAAGAAACCAAAAACAAACUACAGUCGUCAUUUUUUCUGAGCGACCAUGAGCAUAAGAGUUGUUUUCUUCAUGCCGAGCCAGACCCAAGUCGGCUGCCACUCUCAGUCUUGAUCACCCUGCUUACUAAGGUUUUCCCGGAAAUCACACCUAAAAUCCGUAACCUGGUUCAUCAGCUUCAACGCCUUGUCUACGUUAUGUGUUACGAGGACCUGGUUUUUGACGAUCAUCAGCUGAAGUUUUGGCUGCAGAAGCUAAAUAUUGUUAUCUCAGAAUUAAUUGCUGAUAUUGUCAGUUGUUGCACCGCAAUAAUUAAAAGGUUCAUUGCGGAAGCUUCUGAAAUAUUACAGGCCUCCAAACAGCGACUUCAAAAAGCCCAAACAGAGUACCAAAAACAUCUCGAAUGUGUUGAAAAGACUCGCGAGGAAUUCGAAGUCGUUCAGAAGGAGCUAAAAGAAGCCCAAGUAAAGAAUUCACGGGUUCUUCGGGCUUACUCUCGCUCCUGCAGCCAAGAGUCAGACGAAACGCACAAAACAGUCCCCACCAAAGUAGGAAUAAAAUCGCUUAAUGAUGUCAAGAGAAACACGAACACUCAGGAUGACGGUAUCAACCGGACGGAUUCAGGCCACUUAUCGUUAGCUGAAGAGUUGGAGGGACAGGAUGCGCGAAUGAAGCCGAAAGAUGAUGACGACGACAUCCCUUUGAGCGACAGUCUGUUGGUGAGUGUCAUGAGGGAGGUGGCUCUGAUCGAAAAAAAACACAAAAGUUUUAGGCCGUUUGACAAAAACCUGAAAAUGAUGGUAAGAAAAACACACAAGUCUGUCAUCGUGACCAAAAGAGAAAUGCGGGACAGGCUGAACUCGAAUGUGUCUGCUGAGGAGAGCGCUAUGAGCAAAGAAGAAGUGCUUAGCAGGAGCCAAAUGAAAACGAGACUGUUGUCUAGAGAUGUCAAAAAGCUUCGUCGAAAUUUAAAAGAUCUUCAAAGUGACCAGAAAGCCAUCAUGUUGCGGAUCAGCCACGACCUCGAGACCCUGGAGGAGGACGAGUUGGAUGAGACAACUCGCCGUGAGGGUUGGUUCGGCAUAGGGCACCUGAGGGAAGGAUCAGGGCGGUUGCUGCGGGAAUCGCGGCGCGAGGCGAAGGGCUUUGCGUCGGGCGCCAAGAUCAUGGACCUAGGCGAGUGGUUGGUAAGGCAGCGGUACGCCACCAUGCCACUGAGGCAGGUGUACUCGUAUGUUCGAGUCGCUGACACAAAGGAUAGUGUUCCUAUCACAGACCUGGUGGGCCCCGGCCAUCAACGCCCACCAAUCAUCAUCUUGUCGGGACCUAAGGGAAGCGGGAAGACCUGUAUGGCUUACUACCUCUUGCAUCAGUGGCACGAGAACACAGAAGCAAUCAAGUCGAGCAUUCAUGAAUUCGACUUGGUGACCUACGGCAAGGCGAGCAGCAUCUUGUCGUCCGGCUCGUGGGCCCAGUACCUGCGGGAACAUAUAUUCUGCCACACCCUUGUUGAUUUCCCUGAAGCAAAGGUCUGCGAAGCUCUUGAUGCCGUGUCUGUGCUCUCCAUCCUGGAUAUGGACAUAGAUACUACUUCACUCACCACGAUCUUGAAGGAUGUGUUUGGUAAUUUGGGGAAUAACAAACAAGUGGUCUUGAUAACCCGUCCUGACGGUGAGAAUGACAUCGUAGCGGCUGCCAAACGCCACAGCAUCAAGUUCCUGCGAGUUCGGAUGUGUCCUAUGACCUCCAGUGCAAUCCAGGAGUUCUCCAAAAGUCUGAUCUCACUUUUUGAGCGAGACGAGUCGGUAAUCAGCAGUACGGCAAACAAGUUCUCUCGGCUCGUCAGUUCGAUGGCGGUGACGGAGGAGGUGCUGUACCCUCUCCCCAUAGCGUACUUGUUGUACCUGUGGCGCACCAACCCGCGUCACGCCAUGCAGGCCACCACCUUGUCGCGCCUCAUCUCGCAGGUCAUCAUCGUAGCGGAAAGCACACUAGUGGAGGCCCUGGUGGCGGCGGGUCAGUAUGAAAGGGGAGUAGCGCGGGCCAAAGCUGAGAAAUGCACACACCAGCUGUGUGAGGCCGCAUGGAGGCUGCUCAGUGGACAAGGGUGGCCGCAUGACUGUCACUUCUUACUGGAGUCUGAAAACAUCUCACUGACUGACCCCGUCGAGACAUCCUCUUACAGCAUCUUGAUUAUGGUAAAGGAAUCAGCUGAUGGGAAUCACCGAGCAAAUUUUCUGCAUCUAUCCAUUGCCGAAAUCUUAUGUGGUUUCUUCCUGACUCAGCAGUGGCUACUCCAAAAAGGAGCGACCAUGUUACGGCGCCGCGAAAAAUUGGAAAAAUACUGUGUUCCGGAGAUCACAAGGUACCGGGAGGUCCUUAUUCACAUGGCGGGAGCUUUAGUUUACAACACACAUAAACUUGAAGACGCCAAGGAAAUUGCCUCCCUGUUCUUCAGCUCACUGGUCGAUAAACAAGACAUGAUUGCGUGGCGUGGCCUUCUCAGAGAGUGCGACUUCCUGUCAACCAUGUGUAUAGCCGUGUCGUCCUUGCUGUCUUCUUACGGCUCAUGGACCGUCGCCAAUCACAGCCAAGAAACAAACUGUGCCCUGGCUGAUCUGCUAAAGAAGGAAGCGUACCGCCCAAACACCGUCAUUAUUUCUCAUGGAGGAAAGCUCGGGUGUAAAUCCGGGUGUGUCGUUCGCGCCCUCGCCACCUGCUCCUCAACGCUAGUUCACAUUCGUCAGGAGUCGCAGUUUUAUGCGUGGGGAGAACCUGCUACCUGCGACGCCUUGAUCUUGCCCCUACAGCCACCUGGGACCCUGCAGGAGUGUUGGGGUCAUGUGGGUGUCGAGGGCGCCCUGGCGCUACGUCACUGCCAUCAGCUGAAGGAACUCAAUGUUCGUGUGUCCUCUUGCGAGGCCCUGACCGCCCUUACAUACAGUAUAGAGCACAUCGCACGUGGUCUCCGCUAUCUCUACCUCCGCCUAGACCUUCCUACACACACGCCUGUGCCAGACAUCCAGCCACUUAACUUUAAAGGAAAGAGCCUUUGGUUGAGGAUGAGGGGUGUGGAAGACGCUAGCCUGGACUGGGCGAAACAGGUCAUCAGGAAACUCAACGACUGGUAUACUGAAGUGCUGCUAGAGAAAAGCAACCUCUCCCCGUCCGCCCUGCACGAACUUAAGGAAUUUCUCCCAAAUACACCUGUACAUAUAUCUUACUAGAGCAUUUUUUUGCCACACAGCUGUGGAAGUCGUUGUGUUCGUUAUGUCACGGCGCAUGUACAUAGAAACGUGUGAAUGGCAAACAAGUGAAGGCAAAUAACAACUUUAUUCAUCGAGCACCUACGCUGUAAGAAUAUCCGCAUCAUGUUUAAGCGCCCAUAGGACAGACAACUCUACGCUGCAUUGACAAAAUCCGCCUGUUGCUCAGUGUACUUUCGUUCAGCCGAUCACCGAUGCAUCAUACACAUGAAACGACUUCCCAACUCAAGAAUCUCCGAAACUCUCGAUAAAACAGCACAGAGGACGCCCCUUCCUGGCUCCAACU